AUGGAAGCGAAUUACUACGCAAUGCGAGUCCACAAGUCACAUAUCCUCACCUUAGCCACUUUGAAAAUUAACCCCGGAAAAAUAGCGAUUGCGCUUCGGAGUCGCAGCAAAAUAGCGGUUGAAGCGGUUGGGAAAAUAGCGGUUAAAGCGGUUGCGGUUGAAACGCGAUUUCUGACUAUCUGCGUUUGCGUUCUGAGAAAUUGCGUUUGGCAGAUUCGCGAUCCAAAACUGCGUUUGCGUUUCCAAAACGGAUUAGGGUUUUUCUGA